UUGCGUCACCGAAACACUGAAUUUUACUCCGGUGGCAACAUACAUGAUGGAUCUCUCAUUUUGGUAGUCAUUGUUGUUCAUCGCUUGUUUUUUCUGGAAUUUAGAAAAAACUUUGGCAUAACGCUGCCACAUAUCUAAAUAGACGUAUCCCUCGAAAAUAAAAAGAGUACCUUUGGUUUGGUGCAUUAAGGAGACUGACGAUCAUUCCUUUAAAAUAUUGUUUCCUCAAAACAGCAAAAAUUGAUUCCCCGGGGAGUGAAGAAAUGAGUUCUUCUGAGGAAGUGUCAUGGAUCUCUUGGUUUUGUGGAUUGAGGGGAAAUGAAUUUUUUUGUGAAGUUGACGAAGAUUACAUUCAAGAUAAAUUUAACCUUACAGGACUAAGUGAACAAGUUCCUCAUUAUCGUCAAGCUCUAGAUAUGAUAUUAGAUUUAGAGCCUGAUGAUGAAUUGGAAGAUAAUCCUAACCAGAGUGAUUUAAUUGAACAAGCAGCUGAAAUGUUAUAUGGCUUAAUACAUGCUCGGUACAUUUUAACCAAUCGUGGAAUUGCACAAAUGAUUGAAAAACACCAAAAUGGAGACUUUAGUGCAUGUCCACGUGUGUAUUGCGAGAAUCAACCAAUGCUUCCAAUAGGCUUAUCUGAUGUACCAGGUGAAUCAAUGGUCAAAUUGUACUGUCCAAAGUGUACUGAUGUCUAUAAUCCCAAAUCAUCUCGCCAUAAUCAAACAGAUGGUGCUUAUUUUGGUACUGGAUUUCCUCAUAUGCUAUAUAUGGUUCAUCCUGAUUAUAGACCAAAGAGGCCAACAAAUCAAUUUGUGCCAAGGCUUUAUGGCUUCAAAAUUCACCCUUUGGCAUAUCAACUACAGCAACAAGCUAGUGCUAACUUCAAGGCUCCUGUUCGAACAAUUCCCUUCAAUAACAACAAACGCUGAUCAGAAUCUCAUGAAUGGAACUGGCAUCUUCAAUUUAUGUUAACAGUUCACACAUUAAAUUUAAUAAAAAUGACUACAUUUCAGUUGAUAGAAAGGAA